UAACAAACCCAAAUCGAUCUAAUUGGUGACUGUCCUACCGGUGUCAAUAAUAGGAACGGAAGAAAUGAGUGACUGUAUUUCUCUCAGUAUUUACCCUUUCCCCCAGAUUCUGCAACAAUGCGAGCAACACUCGGAGUAAUCUUAAUUGUUGCCUCUUUGACAGCUUACUAUGUCUACAUUCCAAUUCCGAACUCGCUGUCCGAACCCUGGAAAUUGAUGCUGCUGGAUGCAACGUUCAGAGGAGUGCAGGAUGUGUGUCAUUUAGUGCAGCAGCUGGGACUUGGCCAUCACCUGAGAGCACUGAAUUUUGUCAUUAAUGCAUUUGAGAUGCUUGCCCCACAAUCAAAUGAAUUGGUUGAAGUGACAGACACAAUAUUUGAUGGAGUACAAGUCAGAGUGUUUGAACCCAAGGCAAAGCCGAAUGGUGAACUAAGACGAAGCGUUAUUUACAUACAUGGUGGAGGCUGGGCUUUGGGAAGUGCAAGAAUGCGAUCAUAUGACCACCUUUGCCAGAAGAUGGCCAAUAUUAUGAAGGCCGUUCUUGUCUCUAUUGAAUACCGUCUUGUUCCAGAGGCUUAUUUUCCUGAGCAGAUAAAUGAUGUUUACAGUGCUACUAGAUAUUUUCUACAGCCUGAGGUCUUGUCACGGUAUUCAGUGGAUCCAAAUCGAAUUGCACUUUCUGGAGACAGUGCUGGAGGGAACUUGGCUGCUGCUGUGAGCCAGCAGCUUGUUCUGGACAGAACUAUCACCAUCCGACUCAAGCUUCAAGCUCUUAUUUAUCCAGUGCUUCAGGCUUUUGACUUCAAUACUCCUUCUUAUCAACAAAAUAUGGCUGCACCCAUCUUGAACAAACAUGUCAUGGCCCGCUUUUGGUUGGAGUAUCUAAAUGGUGAUCCAGGAUUUGUCCAGGCAAUGUUGGUCAACAAUCAUACAGCUUCAGACCAAAGUCAGCUGACGUCCAUUCGAGCUCGCUUAAAUUGGACAACACUAUUACCACAAUCAUUUAAAAAGAACUUCAAACCUGUUAUCCAGGUAAUGGGAAAUCCACAGGUUAUCAAGGAGUUGCCAACACUGAUAGACCCAAGAGCAGUUCCACUAAUUGCAGAUAAAGAAAUUCUGCAGUUGUUACCAAAAGCUUACAUUUUGACCUGUGAGCAUGAUAUUCUGAGAGAUGAUGGAAUAAUGUAUGCAAAGCGAUUAGAAGAUGCCGGAAUAGAAGUGACCUUAGAUCAUUAUGAAGAUGGAUUUCAUGGUGCAAUGAUAUUUGCACUGCCCCCUACCAGUUUUGUUGUGGGAAACAAGAUUAUGAACAACUAUAUAAACUGGCUCGAUAAAAAUCUGUGAACAUUUGAUCAGAGUAGGAAGUUCCAAUAGAUAAUAUCACAGCAGGUUCUUUUGGAAAAGACCUUCAUGUUUGUGCAAUGCAACAAUCCAAUGCAAAGUUUUGUUAGCGAGAAUUGAAUCUGCCUUGUUAGGCUUGAUCUGGUUAAAAUGUGUAUUCUUUCAUACUUCAGGAAAUCCGUAUCAGAACAAAGCAUAAUAUGGAAAGAAAUAGCUGUGAUAACCUUUCGCAAUGUAAUGAUUAGGGCUGGGAAAAGUUUUCAUUUUUGGCACCUCCGUAAUUAUAAACAUGUUUGUGAAGCAAUUAUUAUUAGUUCAAAAUAGGUGUGUGAUGAUUAUGUCACUGGUAAACUUAAUUUAGGUAAUUUUAAAUGCAUAAUUGUCAGUAAUAUUGUGCUAUUUUACCUUUGUUUUGCUUGAAUAUAAAACAAAACUACUGUACAUGCAGUUAUGUUCAGUGCCUGAGACAGCAGUACAACCCCACAAGAACAGUUUUGAUGGAAUCUUAAGUACUGUUUGAAAUGGAUUUCAACUGACUAGAUACCUAAAGGAAUAACAUUUUUUUCCUUAAGUGCACAGUCAAAAGGUGAAAAAGUUGUCAAUUGAAUAAUAUCACAAUGAUUUUCUGCCUAUCAUUCCAUUUCCUUUAUUUAUUUAACUUUUCUUAACCCAUCCCUGCCUGGAAUAUUUACAUAAUUUUUUAAAUCAUCAUCCUAAAUGGCCAGACUGUGACUUCUGGCAGAGGCAAAUAUAUUUUAGUUCUAUUCAGAAAUCUGAAUAUUUAAAUGACAUUACACUCAUUCCUUUGCACAUAGGGAACAAAGGCCCAGUACCCUCAACCGAGAAAUCAAACUGGAGAAUUUCAAGUGCACAUCCACUAGGACAACUAAAAUAACAUUCUAUACCUGUUUUUCACCCAAACCCGACAGUAUUGCAUCAAAUACUAGAAGCAUUCAGCUGGUCAACAGCAUCUGUGGAAAGAUAAACAUUAUGUAACUGCAUAAUCUGAAAAUCUCCAUUUUGUUGGGAAGUCUGAAAUUAUAAUGGAGUUUAGUCUGGUAAGAACAUUAUUCAGAACUAUAUCACUAUUCAAAUCAAUUUCACAUCGUAGAUAACAUAUUUAAGAAUCUUAACUUUGUAUUUUUUUGAUUUUUGUUUCAAUUGAUUUGGAUUAUUUUCUGAAAUGCUGGACUAUAAAAUUGAAUCAACUAAUUUGCUGCUUUGGAACAUUAAUCUGUGGUUGAAUACUUGCUGUACAUAAUUAACCUUUGUUACAAUGCAUGCCAAUAUUACGUUGAUAUAAAAUUGUGCUCUGCUGUGGUUUUCAGCUUUGAUACUAGGAUCUUCAGUUGGGCUUUAGAGAAAACUGAGAUAUUUAAUCAGUAGAUUACUUCCUCCUCAAGAACUGGACUGUAGGGCAUACUACACAGGUAUGUCUUCAGUUCCUCAAGUUCAUAGGGAGUGCGUAUGAUCAUAAUGAAGAGGAGUAGAAGAAUGCAAAGAGAUACGACUUAUUUUUAAAUUCCAGGACUAAUCUCACAAUUCAAAAAAUUAAAUGGGUGUACAAAGGCACCCACUUGAUUAUUUAAAAUAUAUAUAUAUAGAAACAGAAAUUCAGUUUUAAUUGAGAUUCAUUUGUUAUUUUGUAAAUUUAAAGGACAGGUCAAUUGAAUUUUUAGUUAAGUGUAAUUAUGCAAACAGUAACAUGGAUCAUAUUUAACUAGAAAGCUAAUUGAUGGUUCCUUCAUAUCAUACAGCAGCUUGCAAUUCACAUCUAACAGCUAAUUUUAGGCAAUUCAUUUGCAAAUGAAACAAUAGAAUAAUCAGUAUCAAUGUUGCAAUUAUUUUUACUAAAGAGACUGUUGAUUAAAAAUUGUCACUUUACUAUAACAAAAAAUGCCCAUGAUUUACUUUAUUUAACGCUGUGUAAUAUAUUUUCAAACAAUACCAAACCAAUUCCUUCUCUCCUCUCCCAGAGUGGUGACUAAUUAUAUAGGCCAGGGUGUGGUUUCUAAAGCUGCCUGAAUAACUUAAAAGUUGUUUUUCCACGUGAACUCAGAUUCUAACUAUUCUGGUGGUGUCAAUCUUGAUUUCUUCUCAUCAGUAGUUUGUUUGUAUUUAGGAAUUACUUGACUUGAUUAAGAGUGAGAAUUUAAAUUUCUGUUUUUUGAUAGAGGCUGUGAUAUACCUUCCUCAGACAAAAUUGUAAAUACCAAUCAAACUGAUGUUAUUGCCUUAGUAUUUAGAAUUCUGCUAAAAUAGUUAUUACUGCACUAAUGCACUGAAAUCAGCUGCCAUUUUGUCCAGAAUUCCUUUAAGGACCACAUUUGUUUGUCACAUGAAUGCCAAAACCUAAAGUGAAAUGAGCCAUUUUUGUAACGACCAACGAAGUACGAAGAUGUGCCGGAUGCAACCCACAAAUGUCGGCAUGCUUACAGUGCCAACAUCGCAUGCCCACAAUGUCUUUGGAAUGCGGGCGGAAUCUGGAGAACCUGGAGGAAACCCAUGCAGCAAUUAGGAGAAUAGACAAACUCAGUGGUGCUGUAAAGCACUGCACUACAGUGCCACUCUCACUUUUUCCUUAAGAUUGGUUUAGAUUUUAGGAACGUUGCACUGCACAAAACAGUUGUGCCUAAAGCAAUUAGCCUGUCAAUUGAGCACCAUAAUUUGAAAAUUGGUGAUCAAAAAGAGUUGGUGUGAAGGAGAGAGAACGAUGUCAGCAUGAAUGAUUUAUUUUGAUUUUUUUUAAGAGUAUUGAUUCCUUGCUAUAAGUUCUCAUUUAUCAUCUGUUUAGGACAUAUUGCUCAUUUUUGCACACAGUGCCUGUGAUAGUUAUACUCAGAAUCAUGCUGUUUGUACAGAGCAAUGGAAUUCAAGAGCAACACACACAAAAUGCUGGAGGAACACAGGAGCUCAGGCAGCAUCUGUGGAAAUAACAAUGGAUGUUUCAGGCCAAGGUUCUUCUUAAGGACUGGGAACACAGGAAUGUGUUUAUGUAGUUUCGUUAAAAGCAUGCAAAGGUGCAAUUACUAUAUGCUAGAAGAACUAUGUGAAAAUAACAAAUUAGAACUUCAGCAUAUCACAAACUCUACAUCAGCACAGACUUGAUUAUCAGUUUGAAGUCACUGCAGUUCAUUUGGGAGCACAUAAGAUAACAUCAAGUGAAGAAUUAGGAAAUAAAUUAACUAAACCAGCAUACAGGCUUUUAAAAUACUUAAAUAUAGAAUUUAAGGAAAUGGUAUUAAAGACAUUACAAUUUAUAAAAACAAUAGUAGAACUCAAGUUACUGAUCAACAGCUACAGCAGCAUAAUAGAUAAUAAAAUAGUUUACUUUGUUCCCAGAGAUAGUAUUUAUCACAGAGCAAAUGUAAAUCUUGAAAUCAUUAUGUUUUUCUAUAUGAUUUUAUGCAAAUUUUAUUGUAUUAAAAUUUUAAACAUUUCAGUUUGUCCCACUGUAACAUGGCAUGUAAAGUGCAUUUUAAAAUGCAAGGCAAAUAAAACAUAAUAUUAAACAAUAUUCUGUAGAUGCUGAAAAUAUUGAGGAACCUACACUAAAUGCUGGAGGAAUUCAGCAAGUCAGGCAGCAUCCAUGGAGAGGAAUAAACAGGUCCUUCAUUAGGACAGGAAAUGAAGGGGAGAGAAGGUAGGGGAAGCAGAAUGAGUACAAGCUGGCAGGUGAUAGGUGAAACCAGAAAAGGGGAGGGGGGAUGAAGUAAGAAGCUGGAAGUGAUAGUUGGAAGGGCUGAAGAAGGAAUAUGAUAGGAGUGGUCAUUGGAUCAUGGGAGAAAGGGAAGGAGGAGGCAUACCAGAGGGAGGUAAUGGGCAGGUGAGGAGAAGGGGUAAGCGAGGAGCCAGAAUAGUGAAUGGAAAAAGAACAGAGAAGAGAGAAGUUGCAGUUGUGUGUAGCAAUUUGGAAACCGGUUAUUUUUGAAGAACUUGUUUCAAAUUAUUAGCUUCUCCAGGAGUAAUUAAAAGUCUGAAAAUCCAGUUCUUUUUAUUACAUUUUGCUAACAAAUUUUGCAGAAACUGUUUUCUCACCAUCAUGGAUCAAUAACCUGGAUCAAUUUAUUAGCUGGGCCAAAUCUAUAUAUUUCCCUGGAGAUAUUAGGGACCUUGAAGUGUAAUUACAGUAUGUCAAUUGGUUCUGAUGCCUUUUUGUAGAUUAACAUUCUAGGUACCCUGAUUACAAUACACAGCAGCACUAACCUAGCAUAUGGAGUCACACUAUCUUUAAAGACAUUGCCAACUUUUCAUGCGUGUCUUAAAGGAGAAGUGUAUUAUGCAUGGAGAAAUCCUGGAACUUAUUCUGACCUGGAAAAUAUUUAAGAAUGGCAGACAUAUGAGAAAUUGAUCCCCAAAAUUUCAUAAGACUGCACAGCUUUAGUUUGAAAGCAAGAAUGAUUUUACAGGUGAAGUGUGAUAUUCUGGCAAGAAAUAUUGAUGAUGCUAGACUUAAGCCUGCACUGUAUUUGAGUCUUUUGUGCAGCCUUUGAUUAGAAACACUGCUUGCCUGUCAUGAUACUGCAGAUGUAUUUCUAAGGGCAGCCAAAUUUAAGGAUUGUGCACAGGCCCUCUUGAAUGAUAGAAUCUUUGAAAGAUCAAAAGCAAUGCAUGAUGGUCAAUUUCUCUUGGUGUUGCACAGUGAAGUUCAUGUUCAUUGCACAUCUGGAUAUUGAGAAGAGAUGUAUGAAAAGAAUCUGCAAUGACUUUAUGGCAGGAAACCGUGAUCCCUCCAUAUUGUCCAUAAACUAUCGUAUUUACUUCCAUGAUGAUGGUCAUGAUUCUGACAUCUGUGACACUGGCUCAUA